AUAGGACCAGCGAUCACGUUUCUAGCUCUGUACUGAAGUUAUAUUAGUUUCUCAAUCCGAGUCGUAGCGCAAGUAGAUAUCGUGUUGUCACUGUCUAAAGGUAGUGUCCUCACGCAAGCGAUACAUGUAUACUUCAUCCUUGGAUGGUUGUCCGCUAGUUUGGCGCCUUGCAUGUCGCCUCUUCCAGUCUUCAUUUGGGCCAAUAACGGUAUCGGUAAUAAUAAUAAUGGCCUGGUUCCAUGCCCCGACUGUUGUUCUCCGCAUAAUGUUCUGCUAGUGUACGCUUAAGUUACCUAGUAACUUAUUGACGCCACUGGCGGUUAAGUAAGCAUCCCAUCCGUCGGUCCUUGGAGUCCAAGAAUGCCGUCAUAAAAAAAAUAACCUCGUCCAAAACAAUUUCCAGUAUACAAACUCUGCUCUUUUUCUGCCGGGGCAUCAGGUGUCUCUUGUUAUUUCACCUCAAAGGUUAUUAGACAUCAUGUUCUGCAGAUCUGCUUUCCCAUCGGCAUUCCGGCAAGCUACGCGCUUGACCUCUGUCCCUGUUCCGAAACCGUUCUUUGGUCUUCGAUUGUCCCCUCUCCAGGCUCGCCUUCUUUCGUCGGAGACAAAAGCCGCCAUCGACAAGGCAGUGGCUUCUGCGCCGGUUGUUCUGUUCAUGAAGGGCACUCCCGAGACGCCCCAGUGUGGCUUUUCUCGAGCAACUAUACAGAUUUUGGGCCUUCAGGGUGUCGACCCGAAGAAGUUCACUGCUUUUAACGUCUUGGAGGACCCGGAACUUCGACAAGGUAUCAAGGAGUACUCAGACUGGCCGACCAUCCCGCAAUUGUACGUUGACAAGGAGUUUGUCGGUGGUUGCGAUAUCCUGAUGUCCAUGCACCGGAACGGAGAGCUUUCGAAGCUCCUGGAAGAGAAGGGAGUCCUGGUUGCGGCGGAGUAAAGGAUUCAUUCAUUCAGAGGGUGUCUGUCGUUUGCUCACGAUAUAUUGAUAUCGUCUAUACCUGUCUUGUACGGUAGCCUGAAUAGAGGGCCUUUUGUGUUAUUAUGAGAAGAAUCGUGGUCCAGUCAUCUAUCUGUCUGUCUCGUUUCUUGGUCUUCUUUCUUUUCUUAUUUUUCUUCCUAUUCUAGAUCCCCGAGAGCAUGUACGUAUGGGUUUCCGUUACUAGUUGUACAGUAUAUUUAUCCAGAUUCUCUACUCAUAGUUCAGUUCAAAGGUCA